UUGCAUGGAAAUACAGAUAGAAUGCUGCAGGUAAUUAAACUAUAAAAAUGAAAUAUAUAGCUCAUAUUCCCCUAAACAAAUCUCAACCUUUUAUAGAGAAGCCAGCAAGUGAAAAUAUGUUAGAAAAUCAAAUGGGACGCUUCCCACCAUCUUGGAGCCUCUGGAGGCCUGCUGGGAACAGGACUCCUAAAAUGACAAAUUAUGUCCGGAAGGUUGUGGGCCAAGGCCAUUUUUGCUGGCUACAAGCGGGGUCUCCAGAACCAGAGGGAGCAUACAGCUGUUCUUAAAAUUGAAGGUGUUUCUGCUCGAGAUGAAACUGAAUUCUAUCUAGGCAAGAGAUGUGCUUAUGUGUACAAAGCAAAGAACGACACAAAGACUCCAGGUGGCAAACCAAACAAAACCAGAGUAAUCUGGGGAAAAGUAACUUGUGCUCAUGGAAACAGUGGCAUGGUUUGUGCCAAAUUCCAAAGCAACCCUCCUACUAAAGUCACUGGCCACAGAUUCCAUGUGAUACUAUAUCGCUCAAGGAUUUAAACUUAAUGAAAAGUA